CGGGCCUCAGUGAGUUUCUCUUUCACUUAGCGAACGAUCCCUGAGGUCCUGCACCCAGGGCGCUGCCUCCACAGGUCUCCGGCUGCGCACCCCUGGGACGGAGGGAAGGAGAAGGGGGCCUGAGCAGCAGGGUGCUGAGCACCCGGGACAGCCCGCUAAGGGCCGAGGCAGGAGGAGCAGGUUGGGAGCCUCCGGAGCCGGGACCCCGUCUGUGAGCAGGAAAUGGAGCGCUCGAGUGGAAGAGAUUGGCUCGAUGAAUGCUGCCCACGGGGCUGCAAAUACACCUCCAACUACAGAGGACCUAUGAAAGGGCUGUUUCAAAAGGCAUUCUACUUCCACUUUGAAAACUUGCACUAUGCUGAUCAUCGGCGUAAGACCUUCCUGUGCUUCGAAGUAACAAGGCUUCAGGACAACAAGUUCCGCAAGGGGAUGUUUAUAAACCAGGUUGGUCCAUAUAGACUCCACGCAGAACUCCGCUUCCUCUCUUGGUUCCAUGACUCCUGGCUGUGCCCUUAUGCAUCCUACGAGGUUACCUGGUACAUGUCCUGGAGCCCCUGCGAGGAAUGUAUGGAAGAGUUGGCAGCAUUCCUGGCCAAUCACCGCAACGUGACCCUGACUAUCUAUGUUGCCCGCCUCUACUACUACCAGGAGCCCACAUGUGGGGAAGGGCUUCAAGCACUGCUUAAUGAAGGGGCCAGUGUGAAUAUCAUGUUUUUUCGUGAUUUUUUAGACUGCUGGAGACGCUUUGUGUACAAUGGCAACGAGUACUUUGAGCCUUGGCCCCAUCUCCACCAGAACUCUCUGAAGUACUUCCACAUCCUGGAGGAGCUGCUUGAGUGAGCCUCCAUUGGCUCUCUCCUCUUGCCCCAGCUGUCUUCCGCCUUCCCAGCUGAGAUCGGAGGUCGCUCUGUGCCCUCUCCCUCCUGCCCUCCAGUGCGUCUGCUGCAGCAUCCACCCCUUCCUUCGUCCCCUGCUUCCUCCUCAGCAUCCUCCAUCCUCCUAGAAUUUGCAUUUCCCAGACAAGAGUCUCAGGCUUCUCCAGCUCCAAGGCAAGCUCGCCCAUGCUGUGGUCAAAGAAAACUAUUAUACGUGUGUUCCUGAGGACCCCUCUGACCCCAGACUCCACCGUACCUGCAUCUUAUUCUUAACUAAAUAUAAAUGUGUGAGCAUAGAGAUUUCAGAAAUAUACCCCAAGGCAGACUUGAGGUCUCCUGUGUUCUCUUACUUUGCAAUAAAAACCUUUGCCUGUA